AUGGCUCUACAAGUACUGGCCAAAAAACCCCCAAUUGAAUUACAUAUAGAAUAUUAUAGUCGAAUUUUCAACUUAAAAUGGGGCAAAGAUAUAUCGACUAACGAAUACACUAUUCUGGCAUCAGAUUUAGAAAAUCCAACACCAUAUUGUAUGAGUCAACAUCCCAGUAUCCAACCUAUAAAUAUUGAUGAGAAUAUUUCUUAUCAAGAUAUCAUAAUCUAUACCGAUGGUUCAAAAAUUGUAAAUAAAGUUGGUUGUGCUUUUGUAGUCUUUUCUGACAACAUUGAACUAUAUCAUCAAACAUUUAAAUUGGGGGAAUUAUCUACAAUCUUUCAAGUUGAGAUGAUUGCAAUUCUUGAGGCCUUAGUGUGGACAAACAGAGAAUACAGAUUCAAAAACAUCAUCAUUAUAAGCGAUAGUGCAUCUGCUCUAGCAACAAUUAAAAGCACUAAAUUAAAUCAAAUUUCUACAAAAAUUAAAGAACAAAUAACAGCUUCAACAAACAAUUAUAAUUUCAUGUGGACCAGAGCACAUGAAGGUACCUUUGGGAAUGAAAGAGCGGACGAAUUGGCUAAGUCUGCCACUAAUGAUCCUAAAUUACUGAUAAUAUAUAACAAAAUUAGCUUACAGACAGCCAAAAAACUAUUAUGGAAUGACGUUUUAAACAAAUGGCAACAGAAAUGGAAUACAUACAAAGAAAAGACUAUGUACAAGUUCUUCCUGAUUAUAAAGGACAUGUACAAAUAUGAUUGGAUACAACCAACACAUCUAUUAAUCUAUUAUAUUAACACAAUUCUUUACGGAUCAUGGGAAAUUUGCAAAUUACCUAAAAAAAUCUCUACCUUAAAUACAAAUAGAUGA